AUGCUUCAUGCCGCACUGAUCCCGCUAUCGCUCUGUCUGCUCGUCUCUGCCCGCCUCCACCAUUCCCGCGUCCCCGAGGAUCCGUUCGCGUUCCCCAAGUACCGAGUCUCAUUCCUCAAUGGUCUCCCCGUCUCCAACGAGACUGCCCAACGCUGGCUACACGAGGGCCUUCGCGGGGGUGAUCUCGAGUUCUUUGGCCAGCCGUGGUCCGAGUCUCCAUCGCCAGCGAGCAUCGAAGGCACCGACGACGGUCUGUCCAAUGUCUGUACACACGUGACUUCAUCGCCUCUUUUCGCGCAGGCAGCCCGGCACCGUUACACGAAUCACAAGCUGCAAAAAAUGAAGCUCAGCCCCAAGUCCGAUUUUCUGUGUCUUAUCCCGCCGCCGCCGCAGGAGAACCCUGUGGUCGAAGAACCCGCGAGCGAGGUCGCUACGCCGGUCCACAGCUGGUCCCUCCUCCAGCCCUUAUCUGGAACGUGCCUCUACCACCGGCAAGGGUGGUUCACAUACUCGUACUGUCAUAAUUCCCAUGUCCGUCAGUUUCACGAGCUGCACCACCAGCCCAUCCCCACUACAGGUGACUAUAAGCCAGAAGAGGAUCCGGAGUGGGAAGCAUACACGCUCGGAAGGGCGCCCCCCACGCUCGAGACCGGAGCCGAGCUGACGACGGCCGAAGCCGCUGCUGCAGCGAAUCUCGAGCUGGCCCGGGGGGCCGGCUCGCGCUACCUCGUCCAACGGUGGGGGGAUGGCACGUAUUGUGAUAAAACCGGUCGGAAGCGGGAGGUCGAGAUUCAGGCAGGUCGCCUUCUGCUCUCCGCCUGCUUCCACUGCUCGAUGACGAUGACCGACACAAUCCUCUUCGUCAAAGAGACGCAGACGUGUCAUUACGUCCUGCACAUCGCCACCCCUCGCCUCUGCGGCGAGCCCGGGUUCAAGAGCCGCAUCGACGCAGAGGAGGAGCACGUCAUCCGCUGCCGAGAAAUCGUCAGCGCGGCCGAGCUCGAGCGCGUCGAUAACACACUCCCCCCCGCCGCGUAUCCCUUCAAGCGGCCGAAGCCGCAGAAGAAGGUCAUUGCGCCUCCGCCGCCGGCACCUGAGGAGCGGAAGGACAAGGAUGGCGCUAAGAAGGGCUCGGCGGACGGAGCCUUGCACUCCGACGUCUUACGCAGGGCGCUGCAGCAGCUUCUUGCGCAGCGGCAGGGUGCCCAGGUCGGGGACCAGCACGUCUUCGUCGAGCAGCUCCCGGAUGGCGAGACGGAGUUCCUCAUCGAGUUCGUCGACGUCGACCUCCCUGAGGGAGAAGGGGGCGCCGACGACAUCUUCUCGGACGAUAACCUCCACGACCGGCUGCAGGACGUCCUUCGCGCCGCGGGCUACGAUAUCAGAGGAGGAAAGCCCGCUCCGGACACCCGGACCCACGAGCCCGACGACGACGCAGAGGCCCAAGAAGACAGAGCGAAGAAGCACCGAGACGAACUCUGA